AUGCCGAAUCUUACGUUAACGGCGGAACCGGGGGAUUACCGAGCCGUUCUCCCGGCCCUCGCCGCGUCGAUCUCGGGUAUCGUAGUCCCGAUCGUCACCCCUUCCCCUCCCGCCGCCGCUUCGGGCCGCCAAUCUACGGGGCCGCGCGAUGAUCCAGUUUUCGGCGCCGCGCCGUGCUUGACGGGACCGAACGGCGUGCGACUGUACGAUGCUGUCGCUGCCGCGCGAUUCAUUGCCGCGGAGAGCGGAGCAGGGGCGUCGCUACUCCCAGCCGACAGCUCCGUGGAGGCCAUUAGUGCGGAGGAGUGGCUGUAUUGGGAGGUGACUGUACUGCAGCCGCAGGUGCUUGCAGCAGCAGCAGGCCACAUCCAAGAGCUCACAAAAGACGCUUCCGACCGCCUCUAUCAGGCGCUUGCCGCCAACCCCAAGCACCUUCUGGGCGGCAUAGAUUUGUCUCUCGUGGACCUUGCCGUGUGGAGUGAUCUGCUGCUGUUGUUUGGCCCGGGCGGCAAGCUUUCAUCUGACUCUGAGUCGCCUUUGGCCAAGUGGUUCAGGUCAUGGGAGAGCGAUGCUCGCUUCAAGGCGGCUGUAGCUGCUGCUCUCGCCUCUGCUCCGUCCGAAGCUUUUCUUCAGUCUGCUGCUGCCCAGUUCGCUUCUCAGAUGGCCGCUGCGCCUGGGCAGGCUGAAAGAAGUGUUGUGAAGCUGCCCGAGCCGGGCAAGCGGAAUGUGAUGGUGACAAGUGCGCUGCCGUACGUGAACAACGUCCCGCACCUUGGGAACAUCAUCGGAUGUGUGCCGAGCGCUGACUCGUGUGCUGAGUGCGGACGUGUUUGCGCGGUACUGCCGGCUGCGGGGGUACAACGUGAUCUUCAUGUGCGGCACCGACGAGUACGGCACCGCCACCGAGACCAGGGCCAUGGAGGAGGGCGUCACUCCCACACGCGCCCACACCUGCUGCAUUCAAGACCGCGCUCUUUCCCCCCUGCUCCUCCGCUGCUCCGCCCCUGCUCCCCCCCUGCUCCGCCCCUUCUCCGCCCCUGCUCCGCCCCCUUUCCUCCCCCCCCAGGUGUGCUGAGUGCGGACGUGUUUGCGCGGUACUGCCGGCUGCGGGGGUACAAUGUGAUCUUCAUGUGCGGCACCGACGAGUACGGCACCGCCACCGAGACCAAGGCCAUGGAGGAGGGGGUCACGCCGAGGCAGAUCUGCGACAAGUACCAUGCCAUCCACCGCAGCAUCUAUGAGUGGUUCGGGAUUUCUUGCGACAAGUUCGGCCGGACCUCCACACCGCAGCAGACCAAGAUCUGCCAGUCGAUCUUUAAAUCGAUUCACGAGCAGAAGAGGCUGAAGGAAGAUACGAUCAGCCAGCCCUACUGUGUGGUGUGCUCUUGCUUCCUGGCAGAUCGGUUUGUGGAGGGCACGUGCCUCACGCCCGGGUGUGCAUACGAGGACGCCAGAGGGGACCAGUGCGACCCUCUCUUCCUCCCUUGCUCCCCUCUGUAUCGAUUUGUGGAGGGCACGUGCCCCACGCCGGGGUGUGCCUACGAGGACGCCAGAGGGGACCAGUGCGACCGCUGUGGGAAGCUGCUCAACGCUGCUGACCUCAUCAACCCAAGAUGCCAUAUGUGCCACAGCCGCCCGGAGAUCCGCAACACGGAGCACCUGUUUUUGGAUCUGCCCGAGCUCAAAGCUGAGCUGGAGGCGUACGUGAGCGACACGUCAGCAGCGGGCGGGUGGAGCGCCAACUCAAUCCAGACGACCAACGCGUGGAUCAGGGACGGGUUAAAGCCCAGGUGUAUUACGAGAGACCUGAAGUGGGGCGUGCCUGUUCCUCUUGAUAAAUACAAGGAUAAGAAGUGUUUCCCCCUGGCACACCCCCAUGUCAACCCCCCUCCUCCUCACAACCCCCGCCUCCUCACAACCCCCUCCUCCUCACAACCACCUCCUCCUCACAACCCCCUCCUCCUCACAACCCCCUCCUCCUCACAACCCCCUCCUCCUCACAACCCCCUCCUCCUCACAACCCCCUCCUCCUCACAACCACCUCCUCCUCACAACCCCCUCCUCCUCACAACCCCCUCGUGCUACAUCAGCAUAACAGCCAACUACACGGAGCAGUGGGAGCGGUGGUGGAAGAACCCUGAGGAGGUGGAGCUGGUGCAGUUCAUGGGCAAGGACAACGUGCCCUUUCACACGAACUUUGAGGAGGUGGAGCUGGUGCAGUUCAUGGGCAAGGACAACGUGCCCUUUCAUCCAGUCAUCUUCCCCUGCACCCUGCUGGGUUCCCACCUCUCCCACCCCUUCAUUUCCUUCUCUCCCUUUCCCUCCCUCCUUGCCAUCACACGCUCAGGUCAUCUUCCCCUUACCCUUCUCGGAACAAAAGAGCCCUGGACGCUCAUGCGCAACAUCAGCGUCACAGAGUACCUCAACUACGAGGGGCGAAAGUUCAGCAAGAGCCCUCUUGCCCCUUCCAUCCUCCUUUUUCCGUCCCUCCCUUGCCAUCCACUCACAGAGUACCUCAACUACGAGGGGGGCAAGUUUAGCAAGAGCCGUGGCGUGGGCGUGUUUGGGAACGAUGCUCAAGACACGGGGAUCCCUGUGGAGGUGUGGCGCUACUACCUGCUGACAAAUCGGCCUGAGGACACGGGCAUUCCCGUGGAGGUGUGGCGCUACUACCUUCUCACGAACAGGCCCGAGGUAUCGGACACGGUGUUCACAUGGGCAGAUCUGCAGGCGAAGCAGAACAACGAGUUGCUCAAGAACCUCGGGAACUUCAUCAAUCGCACCCUUGCCUUCCUCGCCAAGCCCGAAGGCGAGGGCUUCGCAUCCAUCGUACCAGAAGCUCUGGGAGCACAGGAGGACGACCUGACAGCCAAGUUCGGGCAGACAGUUGGAGACUUAGUUAAGGAAUACAUUGACAAUAUGGAGAAAGUGAAGCUAAAAGCGGCGCUUAAAACGGCCAUGGCGGUCAGCAGCGCGGGGAACCUGUACCUGCAGGAUUCCAAGUUCUGGAAGCUCUAUAAGGAGGAUAAGCCGCGCUGCGCUGUGGUGAUGCGGUCCGCGGUGGGGGUGGUGCAUUUGCUCGCCACGCUGCUGCAUCCCUUUAUGCCCUCCUUCUCAGAAAAGGUGCUGGCGCAGCUGAAUCUGCCCGCCUCGUCCCUCUCUCUCACCGACGCCGCAGCAGCAGCGGCCUGCCAGCCGUGGGGGGUGGUGGCGGCUGGGCAUACCAUCGGUGCCGUGGAGCCCAUCUUCCGAGAAAUGAAGGACGACGAGGUGGACGCUUUCAGAAAUAGGUUUGCUGGAAGCCAGGCUGAUCGCACUGCUGCUGCCGCCGCCGCUGCUGCUUCUGGUGGUUCUGCUGCUAGUGCUGGUGGUGCCAAGGCAGGUGGUGGUGCUGGAAAGGGGAAGGGGAAAGGUGGCGGUGGUGGUGCUGAUGGUGUGACGAAGCAGAAAGGGGAGGGCAAGGAGAAGGGGGAGAAGGGAGACGGGGCGGCAGAUGGUGCAGCUGAUAAGAAAGAGAAGAAGAGCAAGGGGGAGAAGGGGGAGAAGGGAGAGAAGGGAGAGAAGGGGGAGAAGGUAGAGAAGGGGAAAUCCGGAGGAGGGAAAGCAGGAGGAGGAGCAGCAGAGAGCGCACCAGUGGAUGUGUCUCGGUUGGACCUGAGAGUGGGGCGGAUAGUGAAGGUGGACAAGCACCCAGACGCGGACUCGCUGUAUGUGGAGCAGAUCGACCUGGGGGAAGCCGAGGGGCCUCGCACCGUUGUCAGCGGACUCGUGAAGUUUGUGCCGAUCGAACAGAUGCAGGUGAGGAAUGGAGGUUUCUUCGGGCGCAGGAUGGUGCAAUGCGGUGGAAAACGGUCUUGUGAGUUGAGAGUGAGAAAGCACCCAGACACGGACUCGCUGUAUGUGGAGGAGAUAGAGUUGGGUGAAGCAGAGGGGCCGCGCACCGUUGUCAACGGGUUGGUUAAAUUCGUGCCGAUCGAACAGAUGCAGGAUCGGUUGGUAUGUGUGUUGUGCAACCUUAAGCCAGCAGCCAUGAGGGGCGUCAAGAGCCAUGCCAUGGUGCUCGCUGCAUCAAAUGCGGACCACACCCAGGUCGAGCUUAUCAACCCACCUGAGGGGGCAGCACCCGGCGAUCGAAUCACGUGCCCCGACUACCCCGGGGAACCAGACGCGCAGCUGAACCCGAAGAAGAAGGUGUGGGAAGCGGUGCAGGUGGAUCUGCGCACCAACGGGGAGAGGGUGGCAUGCUACAAGGGCGUGCCUCUUGCUGUUGCUGGUGGCGUAUGCAGCUCUGCUGCUCUGGCUGAUGCGUCUAUUGGGUAG